CGGUUAAAUAAAAUCUAAAAGAAGAAAGACAACAACAGCUGGUCAGCCAUCUCCGUAGCUUGCUAACCAACAUAGCGGAACCGUCCCAUCUCUUUAGACGCUUUCUGGUAUAUGAGCCACUCUGUUUUGAACACAUUUCUGUCGUUUAGCUAAUUAUCUCAUUUAAUUUCCUAUUUACCUUGUUAUUAGUCAGCUAGCUGGCUUGUUAAGUUAGCAUUAGCCUAGCUAGCUAACUGUUAGCUAACAUCCCCCGACCAUGAGUUCACCAAGCUACUCUCCUCCUGAUGAAGAGGAGGGGGUCUGCUGGACGGAGAAAGAGGGUCUGUGGCUGAAUGUUGUCGUGAAAGAGGAGAAUCAAGAGGAGGCUGUUACAGUAAAACAAGAAGUAGAGGAAGAGGAGGAUGUUACAAUACAAAAACAAGUAGAGGGUGAGGCUGUUACAGUGAAAGAAGAAGAGAAAGACGUUUCAGUGAAAGACGAGGAAGACCCGAUCAGAGUGAAAGAAGAAGAGGAGGAUGUGACUGUAAAAAAAGAGGAGGUUGCAGUUUUUGGAGUGAAGGAGGAGAAAGAGGGAGAGAUAACUGUCAUAUUGGAAGAGGAGUCAGGAGAUCUGAUUAACACCGGAGAGAGACUGAACUAUCAUGGCUCCUCUGGGGAGCCUCAACAACCUUGUGACGCUGAAGAGGCAGAGACUAGUUUCUCCAGAUCAGAACACCUCAAGAAACACCAGCAGAGACCGCCAGGGAAGAAACCUCACCGCUGCUCGGACUGUGGGAAGAGUUUCAUCUCUUCUUCAGAUCUUAAAAUACACCAGAGAAUCCAUACAGGAGAGAAACCUUACAGCUGCUCCGACUGUGCAAGGAGUUUUACUACACGUAGCCAGAUGAUAUCUCAUCGGAGAACACACACAGGAGAAAAACCUUUCAGCUGUGAUCGAUGUGGGAAGAGUUUUGCUCAGUCAGGCAACCUGACAAUUCACCAGAGAACACACACAGGUGAGAAACCUUACCACUGCUCUGACUGUGGAAUGAGUUUUACUACCUCAGGUGGACUGAUAUCACACCAGAGAACACAUACAGGAGAUCAGUGUGGGAAGAGUUUUCCUGCCGCAAGGAACCUGAAUCUAGUUCACCAGAGAGGACACACAGCUGAUCUGACUGUGCACCAGAGAAGCUACACUGUAGAGAAACCAUACCAUUGCUCAGACUGUGGGAUGAGUUUUACUACAUCAAGUGGACUGAUAUCACACCAGAGAAUCCACACUGGAGAGAAACUAUACCACUGCUCAGAUUGUGGGAUGAGUUUUGCUGGAUUAGACAAACUGACUAUACACCAGAGGUUACACACAGAGAGGACUUUUAGUUGUGAUCAAUGUGGGAAAAGCUUUGCUGCAGCAACAAACCUGAUAGUUCACCAGAGAACCCACACGGGAGAGAGGCCUUAUAGCUGUGAUGAAUGUGGGAAGAGAUUCACUCAGUCAGCACACCUGACUGUACACCAGAGAACCCACACGGGAGAGCAGCCUUAUAGCUGCGAUCAAUGUGGGAAACAUUUUGCUUUGCCAGGAAACCUGACUGUACACAAGAGAACACACACCGGAGAGAAACCUUACAGCUGUGAUGUAUGUGAGGAUAGUUUUGCCACCUGGACUGCCCUGGCUACACACAAACGAAUCCACACAGGUGAGAAACCGUACCACUGCUCCGACUGUGGAAUGAGCUUUACUUCCUCAAGCGACUUGAGAAGACACCAGAGAAAACACACAGGAGAGAAGCCUUAUAGCUGUGAUCAUUGUGGGAAGAGCUUUAUUCGAUCAGACUCCCUGGCAAAGCACAAGAAAAUACAUGCAGGAGAGCCACAGAGUGUAGAAUGAUCUCCAACACCAGACCUGGGUAGUAGAACACAGAGUGUAGAAUGAUCUCCAACACCAGACCUGGGUAGUAGAACACAGAGUGUAGAAUGAUCUCCAACACCAGACCUGGGUAGUAGAACACAGAGUGUAGAAUGAUCUCCAACACCAGACCUGGGUAGUAGAACACAGAGUGUAGAAUGAUCUCCAACACCAGACCUGGGUAGUAGAACACAGAGUGUAGAAUGAUCUCCAACACCAGACCUGGGUAGUAGAACACAGAGUGUAGAAUGAUCUCCAACACCAGACCUGGGUAGUAGAACACAGAGUGUAGAAUGAUCUCCAACACCAGACCUGGGUAGUAGAACACAGAGUGUAGAAUGAUCUCCAACACCAGACCUGGGUAGUAGAACACAGAGUGUAGAAUGAUCUCCAACACCAGACCUGGGUAGUAGAACACAGAGUGUAGAAUGAUCUCCAACACCAGACCUGGGUAGUAGAACACAGAGUAAUGAUCUAUUUGUAAUCUAACUAUUGAUGUCAUAGUGUUUGUGUUCAACUUGUUUCAUAAUAAUAAUAUAAUGUAUAAUAUUGUAAAAUCCUACAACUUUUGACAGCUCUAAUGUCAAAUGAUUUUUAAUUUUGUAAAUGGAACAUUUAUAGAAAAUGUUAUAGAUGGAGGAACAGGACAAUAAAUGGGAUGUUUUGAUGUAGUUGCUCUCCAAAAGCCUGAGGAAGUUCAUGUUGGAAAAGUAGGUAUGAGACAUAUCAUGUAGCCUCGGCUCCAGGUUUCAUUAUUGUAAUCUGUUUUCACAGCUACUAUAAAAAUCUAGAAUAAACUAAGUGCUCUUUCCAAACAUCCCUAUGACCACAAGACGUUGACAAUACGUCUUAUUAAUGUAUUGUGCUCACUGGGAUGUACAGUGUUCUACAUGUCAUAUUGUUGUCAUGUUAUGAUCUCAUCUUUUUGUCUGUUUGUUUUAUAAAAAUGAACACCAUAGGGUCAGAGACGGGGGAGAGAGCGAGGGUCAGAGAUGGGGGAGUCAGGGGUGGGGGGUCAGGGAGGGAGAGGGUCAGAGAGAAAGCGAGGGUCAGAGGGAGAGAGCGUGUUUUUGGUUGAAAAUACUUUCUGCCACUAAAUGUCAUGUUGUUGUCAUGUGUUAUGAUCUCUUACAUUUUUUCUGUUUGUUUUUAUAAAAAUGAACACCAUAGGGUCAGAGAGAGGGGGGGGAGUAGG